UAGUGAUAUGUGCAUACUUGCUCAUAACUUUAUAUUAAAUGAGUGAAAAGAAAGCGAGAAAGCAACUUGCAGGCUUUGCCAUUAUCUCUUCCCUUGUCCUUCUUCCUACUAUACUAUAUUUUCUCUCUCUAAUCAAUCAUAGUUCUGAUUUUCAUACACUUACCCUGAAACCUCCAUUCUCAGAUCAAGCUUGCACCAAAAUACAUACAUAGCUAUGGACAAUAAUACUAGUGCCUGUGCCUACCCCCAACUUGAGUCAGAAGAAGCAUCUUCAGAGCACAAAUCAGAAACUCAAACAUCAAAGAAAAGGAAAAUGGUUGAGAAAACAGUUGUGGCAGUGAGGGUAGGAGAGAAGGUUGGCAAGCUAAAGAAUGAAGGGCUACCCUCAGAUUUUUGGUCUUGGAGGAAAUAUGGACAAAAACCAAUCAAAGGGUCUCCAUAUCCAAGGGGCUAUUACAAGUGCAGCACAUCCAAAGGUUGUUCAGCCAAAAAGCAAGUAGAGAGAUGCAGAACGGAUGCUUCAAUGCUCAUAAUCACAUAUACCUCUACACAUAACCAUCCAUGUCCCACUCCCAUCACUACAAAAUCUACCACCACAAAGGAGGAAGACCAAGAACAUAUAGAACUAGAAGAAGAAGAAGAGCAAAGGGAUAAUAAUAAUAAUAAGCCCAGUGAUGAAGUUACAAAUGAAGAAAAUUUUCAUUACUUGCAAUCUCCAAUACGUUGCUCCAGCCAAGAUAUCAUUAUAGAACAAGAAGAUCCUUUCAAACUAAACACGGAGAAAAGCCAUGACCGAAUGGAUCUCCUCUUAGAGGAAGAGCCUCUUUGUUUUGCACAGCUCAAGAACUUGUCUGCUUCCAAAAACGAAGAACUUGACUUUUUCGAUGAGCUUGAGGAGUUACCCAUGUCUUCAUCUUUGUUGCACUUUACGAGGAACAUUUUUUCCGAUGAAAGGAUUCCCGUUGGCCCUUCUUGAUUCUAGUGUUGUUUUCUCGGUGCUUGCUAUGCUAGUGACAGUGUAUGUAUUGUUUUCAUCCAUGUUAUAUAUCCAUUAAUUUCAGCUAGUUUUUCAAUUCGGAACUUUUCUUUUUCUUUUGUACCCUUUAUUUAUAUGAUUAUAUCCUAUACUUUUAAUUAAUUAUUGGUUCACAACUAAGCAUAGUUCAUCACUUUGGCGUGAGCAGGGUUAGUGUGUAGACAAAAUCAUCAGCUCUUGCAAUUAAAAUUAAAGAAUGAUGGUUUGGCUCA